GUCGAUUCAUCGAAAGUCGAUUUUUAGAUUCCUUUUCUACGCGACUUGGAAGUUGUCAGCAAUUUUGCAAUUUUCGUACUGUAGAAGAUACGACGAGGACAAACUAAGGUAACGCGCCAGCAUGUCAAGAUUCUUUGCUACCGGUUCUGACUCGGAAUCCGAGUCCGGAGAGGAAGAGGUCCAAAUCCAAACACAAAAUAAAGCCACUGCAUACCAAUUCAGUGAUGACGAAGAAGAAGUCAAGCGUGUGGUCCGCUCCACAAAGGAGAAACGUUAUGAGAACAUCACUGCACUUAUUAAAACCAUUCGCAAUCACAAGAAAAUCAAAGAUAUGGCGAGUAUACUGACAACGUUUGAAGAUUUAACCCGAGCGUAUCAGAAAGCUUUGCCGGUUAUCUCAAAGGAGGAGAAUGGAAUCACCCCCCGUUUCUAUGUGCGCUGCUUGGCGGAGCUGGAAGACUUCAUCAAUGAAGUGUGGGAAGAUAGAGAGGGGCGCAAGAAUCUGUCCAAGAACAACUCAAAAUCUUUGGGCACUUUGCGCCAAAAGGUGCGCAAGUACAUUAAAGACUUUGAAGAAGAUUUGUCCAAAUUCCGUGAGAAUCCAGACCAGGAGAGCGAAGCCGAGGACGAAGAUGCUGCCGAAGAUUCCGACAAUGAAAAGCAGGGAGAUGACUUUGGCACUGGUGCUGGUCGUGAUUUCAAACAACAAAUAUCAGCCGAACAAAAGUCAGCCAAAUCAGCGCCUGCUAAAGCCGAACCUGCGGACGAUGAGUCCGAGGAUUCUAUCGAUUGGGACUCCGAUUCCGAAUCCGAGUCUGAGUCUUCCGAUGAUGAUAAUCAGUAUAUGAACAUUCGUGAUCGUUUCUUGAAAAAACCAUCCGGCAAGGAGGACAAAGAAGACCGUGAGGAACGCAAAAAGGAAAAGCGCACCAAGGAGCCAAAAGUACGUCGCAAACAAGAAGAGGACGAUGAAGAUGGUGAGUGGGAGAUUGUUGUUAAAGGUCCUCUGGUCGAGAAGCCCAAGAUGUUCGAAAAGGAUGCAGAAAUUGAUGUUCCCCUGGUUCUUUCCAAAUUGUUGGAAAUUAUGUCGGCACGUGGUAAGAAACGUACCGAUCGUCGCAUGCAAAUCGAUAUGUUGUUCGAGCUAUUGGAAAUCGCCGAACAACAUAAUCUUGGCGUUGCUGUUGCAGUGAAAAUCCACUUCAACAUAAUUUCGGCCAUUUACGAUUACAACCAGAAGAUUUCCGAGCCCAUGAAGUUGGAGCACUGGGCUAAGUUACUGGACGUCAUGCAGAGCAUGAUGAAGUUGUUGCUGAACAACGAAAACAUUACAAUGAGCGAGAAUGUAUCGGAAGAGAAUGAAGAAUUCAUUGAACCCACCUACUACAUUCGUGGCUGUCCCUUGGCUGCUGUGGAACGCCUGGAUGAUGAAUUCACCAAGCUGCUUAAAGAGUGCGAUCCCCACUCAAACGAUUACGUCAUUCGCCUGAAGGAUGAGGUCACCGUAACCAAAAUCAUUGAAAGUGUUUUGCAAUACUUUGAAAAGGUUGGCAACAACAAUGAACGUUGCCGCAUCUAUUUGCGCAAAAUUGAACAUCUCUAUUACAAAUUUGACCCUGAAGUAUUGAAACGCAAACGUGGGGAGUUGCCUGCCACCACCGCUACUUCGGUAGAAGUAAUGGAUCGUCUGUGCAAAUUUAUCUAUGCCAAGGAUGAUACCGAUCGUAUUCGUACACGUGCCAUUUUGGCUCAUAUAUACCAUCAUGCCCUGCACGACAACUGGUUCCAGGCACGUGAUUUGGUUCUGAUGUCCCAUUUGCAGGACAACAUUGACGCAGCCGAUCCUUCCACCAAAAUCCUGUACAAUCGCAUGAUGGCAAAUUUGGGUCUGUGCGCCUUCCGCCAGGAAAACGUUAAAGACGCCCACCAUUGUUUGGUCGAUCUCAUGGUUACUGGCAAACCCAAAGAGUUGCUGGCCCAAGGAUUGCUUCCCCAAAGGCAGCAUGAGCGUUCCGCCGAACAGGAAAAGAUUGAGAAGCAACGUCAAAUGCCCUUCCAUAUGCACAUUAAUUUGGAAUUGUUGGAAUGUGUUUAUCUCGUCUCGGCCAUGCUCAUCGAGAUUCCCUACAUAGCAGCUCACGAGUUUGAUGCUCGCCGUCGCAUGAUUAGCAAAACAUUCUAUCAGCAACUGCGCUCCUCCGAACGUCAAUCACUGGUCGGUCCGCCCGAAUCCAUGCGUGAACAUGUGGUGGCUGCCGCUAAGGCUAUGCGCUGUGGCAAUUGGCAAGCCUGCGUCAAUUUCAUUGUGAACAAGAAAAUGAACACCAAAGUCUGGGAUUUGUUCUACGAAUCUGAUCGUGUACGCGAAAUGUUGGUGAAAUUCAUAAAGGAGGAGUCAUUGCGCACCUACUUGUUCACCUAUUCGAAUGUCUAUACCUCGCUGAGUAUUCCCUCGUUGGCUCAGAUGUAUGAAUUGCCAUUGCAAAAGGUUCACUCCCUGAUUAGCAAAAUGAUUAUUAAUGAAGAGCUUAUGGCUAGUCUUGAUGACCCCACCGAGACUGUGGUCAUGCAUCGCUCGGAGCCCUCGCGUCUACAAGCCUUGGCUAUGCAAUUUGUGGACAAGGUCACCAAUCUGGUAGAUGUCAACGAGAAGAUCUUCGAUAUGAAGCAGGGCAACUUCUUCCGUGGCAACAUGGGAAAUCGCGAUCGUGGCUACAAUCGCAAUCAGAAUAACCAAGGCUCCAACUGGGGUGGCCAAAGACGCGAUAAUCGCAAUCAGCGCAACCGUAAUCAACGCAAUCAGCAUCAUCAUCAUAACAAACAGCAGCAUCAGCAGCAGCAACAACAACAGCAACAGCACGAGCAACCCCUGCAACAAGUCAUCGAAGAGGAGUAAAGCGCCAACAAGGACUAAAGGUAUAGGUAGAAGAAGAGCGCGUUUAUCAACACCACCAACCGUUGCAAGUUCCGUUCCCCUGCCGGUAUUAUGGACAAUUUAGGCUAUGUUUGUGAUCUAUGCCGAUGUGCUCCCGGCCACAUUGAAUUUCCAUAUUUCUUUGUGGCCGGGGGGAGCUAAAGUUUGACUAUAUUUUUUUUCUUGUUCGUUGGUAUUUAUAACAGUAAAGUAAAACACUUGCAAAAGAAGGCAGACAGUUCUUUUUUGAAUAAGCAAAACGCGUUAUCCUUGUCCCUCAUCGUGUUGUAAAGUAGGAAAGUCUUUUUUUACUAAAUCCAUUCAAUUUAAAAUAAUAUACAAACUUAUAUAUAUUAUAAUAUAUUCUAAAUAAAAACUAAAAACAAACUCUACGAACAAA